AUGCACGAGGCACUCGAAACCGCACAGCAAGCAUACAACUCACUACGAGUUGAGUUUAAGACUCUCAAGAAGGACUACCUCACGCUCUCAGCUACUGUACCUGCCUGCAGCCGUAACCGCGCACUCAAGAAGACAUCGGCACUCGACACCAAAAUCACUGCUGAAGGGAAGAAGUAUACACUAUUUUACCAUUUCUGGGUCAUCCCUGGUGUCUUCCCAACGACCCCACAGCCUGACAAUGACCCACGUAGUCCUACACAUUGGGCAUCUCCUGAGGUGAAGCUCAAUGGCGCCAUGGCGGAAUUAUAUCAGUGUGUGUCCAAGGACUUGCACAAGUCCAUGGAGAAGUAUUCGUCAUUUGAUUCUCUGUUUCGCGCCGCAGUUAGUGCCGAGCGGUCCAAUAUUGUGCACGCCAUCAAGAGCUGUGCAAGUCUCAUUUUCUCAACGCUCAAGCUCGACCCCACUCUCUUUUUAUCUCAGACGGAUGCCAGGAAGCGAGACGAUCACGACCUUCUUCGUUUGCUGAAGAAGAACGGUGAGGGCGAGUACAUUCAGCUAGCACCCAUUCUGUUUGCGAGACCAGAUGCUAUGGUGGCCGACGAGUUCCUCAAGAAUCCUGUACUAGUCAAAAUCAUUCGCGUUGAAAUUUACAGAAAGAAGAUACUUUCCGGGAAGACAAAAGGUCAGAAGGCUAGGGGGCAGCGCUGCAAUGCUCAAUGUGUCACCGAAGGUUUAAUUGCAGGUGCCGCAGUUAUGGCGCGUUUCUUGUUGACGCAUGAUCCAGGAGUUCACCGCGACUGGUGCGGAGAUGAAAGAUCAACUAUCACGCAGACUAUGAUUUCUAUCUGGAGCGCUUGUUCAAGUGCACUCCGUGGGCCCGCAGCGUCAGUGGAAUACUUUAACAAGGAGGUUUUCGACAUCACCAGCCAAAGUCUACCAACGGCUUCCAAUGACUUCCCUUCUGCCACUCGAGCUUGGACAUGGGAAGACGAUCUCCUCGACGCACUUGAUGCUCCCACUCAGACAUCAUCUGCCCUCACUUCCAUCUCUGCUAGUUCGGCAGUGGUCGAUGUCGUCUCCAGCUAUCACGCCUCUAUAUCUGUCAACAACACUCAAUCCGCAUCUGCAACGGCGCAGGUGCAGUUGGGUGUCAGUCAGUUGACACUGGGUAGUGGCGCCGUCAUUGAACCAGCUGCAUCGGCAACUCGUAGCGUGUCGGCAACUCGUAGCGUGUCGGCAACUCGUAGCGUGUCGGCAACUCGUAGCGUGUCGGCAACUCGUAGCGUGUCGGCAACUCGUAGCGUGUCGGCAACUCGUAGCGUGUCGGCAACUCGUAGCGUGUCGGCAACUCGUAGCGUGUCGGCACAACAACCUUGA